CCUGAUUCACAUCCUGAUCUCGGAUCGGCACGGCUCAUUAUGGAUUCGAGGCCUUCCCGCCCGGACCGGCCGUAUCAGCGAACCUACAAGGCAUGCAUACCCUGCCGGCAACGCAAGGCUAAGUGCGACUUGGGUGCGGGCCCGGAUGGCCUACCGAUCGGCCCACCCUGUGCGCGUUGUCGCCGAGAGAUGAGAGAGUGUGUAUUCCCCGAGAAACGGGCCUGGGAGAGGUCCCGCAAACGUGCUCGAUCCAUCGAAGAAACCGAUGAGCAAAUAUCUCCACACACAGAGCAAUACCUAUCAGACGCUGCACCGGAGACAACCAGCGGAAGGUAUACCCAUAAUCACCAAUCGCCAGCUCAGUAUGCCGGCUCUAGCCCUUUCCAAUCAGGCUGGGCGCUCAACGGACAUUCAGCAUCCCUGCAGCAUAAACAUAGCCCCCCUAUAAACAUUAGCCCAAGACCUGGCACCGAGCCAAUAAACCAUGCGAACCAUACUUCACCGCAUACCCAAAAUGAGCAUCGCCAUCGAUCUAAUCCGAAUUUGGCGAGCUCUAUGAUGCGGACGGUCGUCGCCAGCGGUAAUGAUGCCCUCAACAUCCUGUUCGAGGCAGCCACAGCGCAAAGCCAAGAGGACAAUGUCCAGAAUGAGCCCACUUCAUCAAUUGGAGGUAACUCAAAGAAUGGCAACGUCAAUGCGAAGGAGCGAAAUACUCCCCGGAACUUUGAAAGCCCCAUACCCUUCGAGCCCGUACCCCGAAACACGCGCCCGGUAGAUUUGGCCGAAGUUACGCAAGAUACCCUUCAAAUUUGGCAAGCGUGUCGCUUUGUCAGGAUGGGUUGGUUUACCGCUCGAGAGGCAGCUACGUUCAUUGAUUUAUUCUUCAAAAACAUGUCCUGUCUAUCUCCUAUCCUUACUGACUUUUACUCAAACCACCGGAAUCAUUACACGCUCAUUACCCGCGAACCGGUUCUAUGUUGUACCAUUCUCAUGAUAUCUUCCCGCUAUCAUAUCCUCCCCGGCGCUGGGGGAGACUCCAGGAACUUUUUCAUUCACCACCGGCUUUGGCAGCAUUGCCAGCAGCUCACAAUGCGACUGAUCUUCGGGCAAGAAAAGGCAACAAAGUCCAAGAUCCGAAGCCUUGGAACUGUGGAGGCCCUUCUGUUAAUGGCUGAGUGGCAUCCUCGAUCACUACAUUUCCCGCCGGAAACGGAUGGCUGGGACGACGAUUUGAUCUCCAUGGGCCCUCAGCCCUCGGAAUCAACCGACCCAAACAAUGGCUCCGCAAGUAGAUGGUUAGAAGAUAUGAUUGAGCCAUCAAGAAGGUCCGACCAAAUGUCUUGGAUGCUACUUGGGUGCGCUCUCUCACUUGCACAUGAGCUCGGUAUCUUUGAGACCGAGGAGGAUGAGUCCGUGGAAGAGGAUCCACAGUGGAAAGAGCAAAUAGCUCUCCGGCGGCAGAGAGUGCAGCGUUUACUUUAUGUCUACAUAAAUCAACUUGCAUGGCGCAUUGGGUGUAUGUCGCCGAUCCCUCAAUCCCUUAACCAUGCAGUCCUCGGCGGGCGGAAGCCUCGAGGAUUGAGUCAGCCCGGUAGCACAUGGCUUACAUUCAUGGACUCAUGGAUUGAGCUUACCAAGUUGGCACAAUCAGUCACUGAUAUGUUCUUUCCAUCUGCAAAAUUUGCCCGCCAGCAGCUGCACAGUGGCCGGUACAUUGGACUUCUCGACCAUUUCCGGCCUCUCCUUAACCAAUGGAAAGACAAGUAUCUGCACCCCCACGUUCUUGAUAAAUCUUUCUACAAUGAUCUUUUUAUUGAGUAUCAUUUUGUCCGCGUGUAUACCCACUCCGUGGGUAUGCAAGCCGUGGUAGAGCGUGCCCUGGCAGACGCGGACUCUAACUUCGAUGAGGUUCGGCCGAUGACGAUUGAACAAACCGACUACGAAUAUAUUCAAGAGGUUAUCGAUGGCUGUUGUCAGAUCUUACGUAAAGUCACACAGCUUGCAGAAACCGGGGCACUGCGAUUCUCACCCGUGCGCAUCAUCUUGCGCGUUACUAGCGCUUCGAUCUUCUUAAUGAAAGCACUCAGUCUUGGCACGCGUGAGGCAGUCCUCCGAGAGUCACUCGAGGUACUGGAAAAUAGCAUCAGUGCGCUCAAGUCCAAUGCCCUGGAUGACGUUCAUUUAAGUACUCGCUACGCCGCACUUCUGGACAUGCACGUUUCACGGCUGCGUCGUAAUCUGUUGGCUUCCUCCAAGGCUGUCAAGAACAACCGAGGAGCUGCUAGUCGAUCUUCAAUGGGUCCUCCGGCUUGGCCCGAUGCGAACGAUCCCCCCGAGGACCUGUCCUCGGAUUUAGCUUUUAUGCCAUCUCUCAACGAUAUGACAGAUGAUUGGCUAUCGCUGCCUUUUGAUCCAUCAAUGGCACCCUUUGGGAUGACUAGCGGUAGCCAAUUUCCCAUGUGCGAAGGCGGUGCCUUGGAUUUCAUUUGGAAUCUACCAUCUUGA